AUGCAUUCCAGCCAUCUUCUUCUCGAGGAGCCGAUCAGGAUGGCUUCAAUCCUCGAGCCAUCCAAAUCAAGUUUCUUCCCGGCAUUGACUAAGAUCGUCGGGACUCUCGGUCCCAAAUCCCGAUCCGUCGAGGCUCUCUCCGGUUGCCUCAAAGCCGGCAUGUCCGUGGCUCGAUUCGAUUUCUCUUGGGGCGACGCUGAUUAUCACCAGGAGACACUGGACAAUCUCAAAAUUGCUGUGAAGAGCACUAGGAAGCUUUGUGCUGUUAUGCUUGAUACUGUUGGACCUGAGCUGCAAGUUAUCAACAAGACUGAGAAAGCUAUUACUCUUAAAGCUGAUGGACUUGUAACUUUAACACCGAGUCAAGACCAAGAGGCCUCUUCUGAAGUCCUUCCCAUUAAUUUUAAUGGCCUUGCCAAGGCAGUGAAGAAAGGAGACACUAUCUUUGUUGGGCAAUACCUCUUCACUGGUAGUGAAACAACUUCAGUUUGGCUCGAGGUUCAUGAAGUUAAAGGAGAUGAUGUCAUUUGCUUGUCAAGGAAUGCUGCUACUCUUGCUGGUUCUCUCUUCACUUUGCACGCCUCUCAAGUUCACAUUGAUCUGCCAACUCUCACGGAGAAGGAUAAGGAGGUUAUAAGCACAUGGGGAGUUCAAAACAAGAUCGAUUUUCUCUCAUUGUCUUACUGUCGUCAUGCGGAGGAUGUUCGUCAGACCCGUGAAUUGCUUAAAAAGUUGGGUGACCUCUCUCAAACACAAAUAUUUGCAAAGAUUGAGAAUGUAGAGGGACUAACCCACUUUGAUGAGAUUCUACAAGAAGCUGAUGGCAUUAUUCUUUCUCGUGGAAAUUUGGGUAUAGAUCUACCCCCGGAAAAGGUGUUUUUGUUUCAGAAGGCGGCUCUUUACAAGUGCAACAUGGCUGGAAAGCCAGCCGUUCUUACCCGUGUCGUUGACAGUAUGACUGACAACUUGCGACCAACUCGUGCUGAGGCUACGGAUGUUGCUAAUGCUGUUUUAGAUGGAAGUGAUGCUAUUCUUCUUGGUGCUGAGACCCUUCGUGGAUUGUACCCUGUUGAGACAAUAUCAACUGUCGGUAGGAUCUGUGCUGAGGCAGAGAAGGUUUUCAACCAAGAUCUGUACUUCAAGAAGACUGUCAAGUACGUUGGAGAACCGAUGACUCACUUGGAAUCCAUUGCUUCUUCAGCUGUACGGGCGGCCAUCAAGGUUAAGGCUUCCGUGAUCAUUUGCUUCACCUCUUCUGGAAGAGCAGCCAGGUUGAUUGCCAAAUACAGGCCAACAAUGCCGGUCAUUUCUGUCGUCAUUCCUCGGGUCAAGACAAAUCAGCUGAAAUGGAGCUUUAGUGGAGCGUUUGAGGCGAGACAGUCACUUGUUGUCAGAGGUCUCUUCCCCAUGCUCGCUGACCCUCGUCACCCUGCGGAAUCAACGAGUGCGACGAACGAGUCGGUCCUGAAGGUAGCACUAGACCAUGGGAAGCAGGCUGGAGUGAUCAAGUCGCAUGACAGAGUAGUGGUGUGUCAGAAAGUUGGUGAUGCAUCUGUCGUUAAGAUCAUCGAGCUAGAGGAUUGA